AUGGAGAAAAGAGGGAAUGUAUUGAUGCAGAAGUAUGAAUUUGGGAAACUAUUAGGGCAAGGAAACUUUGCUAAGGUUUACCAUGCAAGGGACCUCAAAACUGGGGACAGUGUUGCCGUUAAGGUGAUUGACAAGGAGAAAAUUCUAAAAAUUGGGCUGGUGGAUCAAACGAAGCGAGAGAUAUCUAUUAUGAAACGGAUUAAACACCCCAAUGUUUUGCAGCUGUUUGAGGUCUUGGCCACCAAGACCAAGAUUUACUUCAUCAUAGAAUAUGCCAAAGGGGGUGAACUUUUCAACAAGGUGGCUAAAGGUAGAUUCAGUGAGGACAGGACAAGGAAGUACUUUCAACAAUUGGUCAGUGCUGUUGAUUUUUGCCACAGCAAGGGUGUUUACCACAGGGAUUUGAAGCCAGAGAACUUGCUUUUGGAUGAGAAUGGUGUUCUCAAGAUAGCAGAUUUUGGGUUGAGUGCGUUUGUUGAAUCGCAUCGUCAAGACAACAUGCUGCAUACAGUUUGUGGAACUCCUGCAUAUGUGGCUCCUGAGGUUGUAUGUAGAAAGGGCUAUGAUGGAGCAAAGUCUGAUGUAUGGUCGUGCGGAGUGAUCUUAUUUGUUCUUUUGGCUGGUCAUUUGCCAUUCUAUGAUUUGAAUCUUAUGUCACUAUAUAGGAAAAUAGGCAGGGGGGAAUACAGAUGUCCAAACUGGUUUUCAUUUGAAGUGCGCAGACUGUUAGCGAAAAUCCUGGACCCCAACCCAGAUAGCAGGAUAUCCAUGGCAAACGUUAUGGAAAGCUCAUGGUUCAGGAAAGGAUUCAAACCCAAAUCUGGUCAAGUGAAAAGAGAGUCUACAAAUGUGGCAUUAGUUAAUUCUGAUCAAGUUUUUGGUUUGUGUGAGAAUACAAGUGCUGCUUCUGUUGAGGCAGAUCAAGCAUUGGUUGUACCUACACAUUUAAAUGCUUUUGAUAUAAUCUCUCUGUCUGCUGGGCUAGACUUGUCUGGUCUCUUUUCUAACAUUGGUGAACAGGAAGAUAUCAAAUUUACAUUCAUGAGCUCUGCCUCAUCCAUCAUGUCUACAGUGGAAGAUAUUGCUCGCAUUUUGAGGAUGGAUAUAAUUAAGAAGGAUGGAGGGUUGCUGAAAUUAGAGAGACCCAGGGCAGGUAGAAAAGAACCACUUUUCAUUGAUGUUGAAAUAUUUGAAGUGGCUCCGUCUUUCCAUUUGAUUGAGAUGAAAUCCCGCGGCGAUACAUUAGAAUUCCAGAAGAUAUUGAAGGAAGAUUUAAGACCAGCUCUCAAAGAUAUUGUUGGUGUUUGGCAAGAUGAGCAACAACUGCAGUGUCAAAGUUGUACUGCUUAA